CGGCUUGCCGUACAUACCCGCUCUGGGACGGAGUUGCCGGCUGAACAGCUGGAGGAGUUCAUCCUGCAGGAGCUGAUGUUUACUUUCUGCUUGGUCUGGUUUGAAGGGAAACCCAGAUCCCCUCGCGCACACAGACAGACGGAUGCUGGAAGAUUUCUAUCUCCAGACUUUCCACGGAGGGAGGAACCCGUGAGCAAGACACGACCCGCGUAAAGAAAGCCUGACCUACUUUUGCAUCGAGGACAAUCAUCAUGCGGGUCGUGUUGUGGUUCAGCUCCGUGCUCUUGUACCUCGGCGGAUUUGCAAACGCAGAGCCCAAAGCAAAGUGUCCGACUCGGUGUGAUGUCAGCAGCUGUCCGAGCCCCAGCUGCCCCAGCGGCUACGUGCCGGACCGCUGCAACUGCUGCCUGGUGUGCGCGGGCGCGGAGGGCGAGCCGUGCGGCCGCAAAGACGACCUGCCGUGCGGGGACGGGCUGGAGUGCAAGCACCCGGCGGGGAAGCGGCUCUCCAAGGGCUUCUGCCAGUGCAAGCUGGGCCACAGAGUCUGCGGCAGCGACGGGAAGACGUACCGGAACGUGUGCCAGCUGAAGGCGACCAGCAGGGCGGCGCUGCAGCAGGGCCAGCCGGGCGUCAGCCAGACCCACAAGGGGCCGUGUGAGAGCAGUGCAGGUCCUUCACGGACGUCCAGCCCUCGCUACAAAUUCAACUUCAUAGCUGAUGUCGUGGAGAAGAUUGCCCCCGCCGUCGUGCACAUCGAACUUUUCCUCAGACAUCCUCUGCUGGGUCGCAACAUCGCUCUGUCCAGUGGCUCUGGGUUUGUGAUGACAGAGAACGGCCUGAUCGUCACCAACGCUCAUGUGGUCUCAAGCAGCUCUCCUGUUUCAGGCCAGCAGCACCUGAAGGUCCAGAUGCAUAAUGGUGACGUGUACGAGGCCACCAUCAAGGACAUUGACAAAAAGUCGGACAUCGCCACCAUUAAAAUCAACCCCCAGAUCAAGCUGCCGGUUCUGUUUCUGGGCCAGAGUGCAGACUUGAGGCCGGGUGAGUUCGUGGUCGCGAUCGGCAGCCCCUUCGCCCUGCAGAACACGGUCACCACGGGCAUCGUCAGCUCCGCUCAGAGAGACGGCAAGGAGCUGGGUCUCAGGGACUCAGACAUGGACUACAUCCAGACGGACGCCAUCAUCAAUUAUGGAAACUCUGGAGGACCUCUCGUCAAUCUGGAUGGGGAGGUGAUUGGGAUCAACACCCUGAAGGUCGCAGCUGGAAUCUCCUUUGCCAUUCCCUCUGAUCGGAUCACCCGCUUCCUCAACGAUUCUCUUAACAAACACAGUAAGGAGCUGAGGCCAAUAAAGAAGCGUUUCAUCGGAAUCCGGAUGCUGACCAUCACUCCAGCGCUGAUUGAAGAGCUGAAGCAGCAGAACUCAGACUUCCCCAACGUGACCUCUGGGAUUUACGUGCACGAGGUCGUUCCUCACUCUCCUGCUCAGAAAGGGGGCAUCAAAGACGGCGACAUCAUCGUGAAGCUGAACGGGAAACCUCUGACGUCCACGUCUGACCUGCAGGCGGCGCUGCAGGAGGAGACGGCUCUGCUGCUGGAGAUCAGGAGAGACAAUGACGACCUGCUCUUUAACAUAGAACCAGACGUCAUCAUGCAGUAGACUCUGGACAUCCAGCUCUCACGCGGGGCUGGAUGGAAGGCACAGUUUAGUGGAGGUACAGGUCAGAUGGCAGAACUCUGCAGCACACGUCUGACGCUGAGGGACCUCGAUGUUACGACGGCUGUAAAGGAGCAGAAGGAAACCAUGUGAUGCAGGAAGGCGACGGAUUACUGCUGAUGAGCUGAAGCACCCGUCCACCUGCAGAACUGCAUCAACACAAACCACUUUAGUGCAUUUAGAUACUUGAAGCGUUUUCACUCCAAUGAAGCAUUUUCUUCUUCUUGUACACAAAUGGACAGAUACCUCAGAACCAGUACAGGCUGGUAAUGCUCCUCUGUUGAUGAACACAAGACAGAACUGAUGCAGUCCACGCUCAAAUGGAAGGAUGUUCAUUUAGCCAAUUUAAUUGUAAAUAUUAUUUUUCGAUCAAAAAGCUGAAGUCCAAAUGUUAUUCAUUUGUAAUUCUUGCUUUCCAGUAUAGACCUGUUUAAGUACAAAUACACAAGUCUUCCUACAGUUGCUUCUUUCAGAAAACGUUGGACAAUCCGGUUUUGGUUUGGCAAUCUAUGAAACAAACGUUUGUCUGAAUAAAGACGGAUAUGGGAAUCUGA